GAUGUUUUGGGGUCUGGCUGUUGGGGGUGGGGAAUGGAAAAAGGCCUACCCCUCAUUACCUACUGAAAAAAAAAAGGGAGCGUUGAAGAUGAUGGGGGGAGAGCCCAGAUGGUGGUAGUAGAGUAAAUACCGGCUCUUCCACCGCACAACCCCAACAUCGUUUUUCUGAAAAUAUUCUGAGCUGAACCUUUAGAAGGAAAGCCCGCCCUUAAGAGAGAGAGUCUUGGUCUGUUGGACUCCGGCCUGAUUGUAUAAUAAUAAUAAUGAUGAUAUAAUGCUAAUGACGAUGAUGACACUGCCUUUUAUUUUUACCCCAGUGCUGAUAAAGCGUAGCUACAGCUGGGGAUAAAGCCCUUGAAAAUUUGAUGUAUGAGGAGGAAAUACUGUUGCUUUUAGAGUUAUAUUUUAUUAUUUCUUUUUAAAGGAUGUUCUUUUUUUGGACUAAAAUUUGACAAAAUGAAUUUUUUUAAAAUGAAGAAGUUUAAUUUCCGAAAAGUUUUGGAUGGCUUAACUGCCUCCUCCCCUGGCAGUGGUAGCAGCAGUGGCAGUAACAGUGGUGGUGGGGCUGCAAGUGGUUCCAUACAUCCAGGAGGGACUGCAGGGAUUCUCAAAGAGGAGAUUCAGGAAACCCUGACUUCAGAGUACUUCCAGAUUUGCAAGACAGUUCGGCAUGGUUUUCCUUAUCAGCCCACAGCAUUAGCCUUUGAUCCAGUUCAGAAAAUCUUGGCUAUUGGGACAAGAACAGGUGCUAUACGAAUACUUGGGAGACCUGGCGUUGAUUGUUAUUGCCAACAUGAGAGUGGUGCAGCUGUCCUGCAGCUCCAAUUCUUGAUCAAUGAGGGUGCUUUGGUUAGUGCAAGUUCAGAUGAUACCCUUCAUUUGUGGAAUCUUAGACAAAAAAGGCCAGCUAUUCUUCAUUCUCUUAAAUUUAACCGAGAACGAAUUACUUACUGUCAUCUACCUUUCCAGAGUAAAUGGCUCUAUGUUGGAACAGAAAGAGGAAAUACACAUAUUGUAAAUAUUGAAUCUUUCAUUCUUUCUGGAUAUGUUAUCAUGUGGAACAAGGCAAUUGAGCUAUCCACAAAGACUCAUCCAGGUCCAGUUGUACAUUUAAGUGAUAGCCCAAGAGACGAAGGGAAACUGCUGAUAGGUUAUGAAAAUGGUACUGUAGUAUUCUGGGACUUGAAAUCUAAAAGAGCAGAACUAAGAGUUUAUUAUGAUGAGGCUAUCCAUUCAAUUGAUUGGCAUCAUGAGGGCAAACAAUUCAUGUGCAGCCAUUCAGAUGGUAGCUUGACCUUAUGGAACCUGAAAAGCCCAAGUCGUCCUUUCCAGACCACAAUUCCACAUGGAAAAAGUCAAAGAGAGGGAAGAAAAUCUGAAUCUUGUAAACCAAUUCUUAAAGUAGAAUACAAGACCUGUAGAAACAGUGAACCCUUCAUAAUAUUUUCUGGUGGAUUGUCCUAUGACAAAGCUUGCAGAAGACCAAGUUUAACCAUCAUGCAUGGAAAAGCAAUUACAGUGCUUGAAAUGGAUCAUCCUAUUGUUGAAUUUCUUACUUUAUGUGAAACACCCUAUCCAAAUGAAUUUCAAGAACCUUAUGCUGUUGUAGUACUUCUGGAAAAAGAUCUCAUUGUAGUUGAUCUGACACAAAGCAAUUUUCCAAUCUUUGAAAAUCCAUAUCCCAUGGACAUUCAUGAAUCACCAGUUACAUGCACAGCAUACUUUGCUGAUUGCCCACCAGAUCUGAUUCUAGUACUCUACUCUAUAGGAGUCAAGCAUAAAAAACAAGGAUACAGUAAUAAGGAGUGGCCAAUCAGUGGAGGAGCUUGGAACCUUGGAACACAAACAUAUCCAGAAAUUAUUAUUACUGGUCAUGCAGACGGAUCAAUAAAAUUUUGGGAUGCUUCUGCAAUAACUCUGCAAAUGCUGUACAAGCUAAAAACUUCAAAAGUGUUUGAAAAACAGAAGGUAGGAGAAGGAAAACCAACAUGUGAAAUUAUAGAGGAAGAUCCAUAUGCCAUUCAGAUGAUUUACUGGUGUCCAGAGAGCAGAAUAUUCUGUGUAUCAGGAGUCUCUGCAUAUGUCAUAAUUUAUAAAUUCAGCAGACAUGAAAUAACAACAGAAAUAGUGUCAUUAGAGGCACGACUUCAGUAUGAUAUUGAAGAUAUUAUUACCCCAGAACCAGAAACAAGUCCUCCAUUUCCAGAUCUCUCAUCCCAGCUUCCUUCUUCAAGGAGUCUUUCUGGAAGCACUAACACUGUGGCUAGUGAAGGAGGAACAAAGGACAGUAUCCCAUGCCUCAAUGUUAAGACGCGACCAGUGAGGAUGCCUCCAGGGUAUCAAGCAGAGCUUGUUAUUCAGUUGGUGUGGGUGGAUGGUGAGCCUCCCCAACAGAUUACUAGUCUUGCUGUAAACUCAGCAUAUGGAAUAGUUGCAUUUGGGAACUGCAAUGGGUUGGCUGUGGUGGAUUUUAUACAGAAGACAGUACUGUUAAGCAUGGGGACCAUUGACCUAUAUAGAUCAAGUGACCUAUACCAACGUCAACCACGGUCACCUCGAAAAAACAAGCAGUUCAUUGCAGACAACUUUUGCAUGCGUGGCCUGUCUAACCUUUAUCCUGAUUUAACGAAACGGAUCCGUACUUCCUAUCAGAGUUUAACUGAGCUAAAUGACAGUCCAGUUCCCCUGGAACUCGAACGCUGCAAGUCUCCCACUUCAGGACUUGCUACCAGAACUCCUGAGGCAGCACCAGGCUUUUAUAGGAAUGAAAUACCAUCUGUGAGACAGCGAAAUCAAGUACAUCACUUGCCAGUUAAAGGAUCAAGAAAGUUAAGUCUGCCAACAGAUCUUAAGGCUGAUCUUGAUCAUGUAAAUGGACACUGCACAAGUCCAACCUCUCAGAGUUGCAGUUCUGGAAAACGUCUGUCAAGUGCUGAUGUUUCAAAAGUAAAUCGCUGGGGUCCUGGAAGACCACCAUUUCGGAAAGCACAAUCAGCUGCUUGCAUGGAAAUUUCUUUACCAGUCACAACAGAAGAAAGCCGAGAAAAUUCCUAUAAUCGUUCUAGAAGCUCUAGCAUCUCCAGUAUUGACAAAGAUUCGAAAGAAGCAAUUACAGCACUAUACUUCAUGGAGUCCUUUGCUCGGAAAAAUGACCCUAAGGUGUCCCCUUGUUUGUUUGUUGGAACUAGUCUGGGAAUGGUUUUAAUCAUCUCCCUGAACUUACCUUCAGCAGAUGAACAAAGAUUUACAGAGCCAGUCAUGGUAUUGCCAAGUGGUACAUUCCUCUCACUGAAAGGAGCUGUGCUAACAUUCUCCUGUAUGGACCGAAAUGGCGGAUUAAUGCAACCGCCAUAUGAAGUUUGGAGGGAUCCAAACAACGUAGAUGAAAAUGAAAAAUCUUGGAGAAGGAAACUGGUCAUGAACUGCCCUUCUCCAUCCCAAGAAAUAGGAGAUCAUCAGUAUACAAUAAUCUGCUCAGAAAAACAAGCCAAAGUCUUCUCAUUGCCUUCUCAGACUUGUCUUUAUGUUCAUAACAUCACCGAGACAUCUUUUAUACUGCAAGCAGAUGUGGUGGUCAUGUGUAACAGUGCCUGCUUGGCAUGCUUUUGUGCCAAUGGGCAUAUCAUGAUAAUGAGCCUACCUAGUCUUCGCCCAAUGUUGGAUGUUAAUUAUUUGCCACUGACAGACAUGAGGAUAGCACGGACAUUUUGUUUUACCAAUGAAGGCCAGGCAUUAUACCUCGUCUCUCCUACUGAAAUUCAGCGGUUAACAUACAGCCAAGAGAUGUGUGAUAAUCUUCAGGACAUGCUAGGAGAUUUGUUUACUCCCAUUGAGACACCAGAAGCUCAAAACAGAGGCUUUCUCAAGGGACUGUUUGGUGGAAGUGGACAAACAUUUGACAGAGAAGAGCUCUUUGGGGAAGCUUCAGCAGGAAGAGCAUCUCGCAGCUUGGCACAGCACAUUCCCGGACCAGGCGGUAUAGAAGGGAUGAAAGGCGCUGCCGGAGGGGUGAUGGGAGAGCUGACACGCGCUCGGAUCGCACUUGAUGAGAGAGGACAGAGGCUAGGAGAGCUGGAGGAGAAGACUGCAGGCAUGAUGACCAGCGCAGAAGCAUUUUCGAAACAUGCACAUGAGUUAAUGCUGAAAUAUAAGGAUAAGAAAUGGUACCAAUUCUAAACUUCUAAAGAAGCUGUGACUGCUUUGAGAAACCAUUAUUCAGGGAAACCAAAUUUAUUCCCAGCAUCACUAUUCAACUUGCUAGAAGCCAGUUUCUUCUACAAAAUGUUCCAUUACAGUCCAUCUGAAGUUAUUAUAAGGGAAAUUUAUUAGACACUGUACAACCCAAAGGCGGGAACCCUGGUUAAAAUCCCAAGACACAGCUGAAUUUGCCUUUUCCCAACCUGGAAUGGAGCUAUCAUCUUGGCCUGUCAUUUGCUAAGGAUUUGCAUUUAGGAACUACGGGGAGUCCUUCUGAUUUGAAAAAAUCCUGCACAAACAAAAGCAUUAAUGCACUUAAUGAAAAAAAAAUCUUUGCAUGAUAAAUUAACAUCUUAAGAGGAAAAGAAAAAAAAGCAUGUUGUGACAGAAGAAAAAAAGAUUUAUGGCAAACUAUUUUUAUAAAUUGGGCCACACCUGACAAUUUAAAAAAUCUGCAUUAGAAGAUAUCAGUGUAUUUCAAGUAACUUUACCAUACCCAACUGAAAAAGAAAAGAAAACCAGAGUUUUCUUCUCAUCUAUAACUUUCAUUAUACUAGGACAUUAUUGAAUUCUUAUGGCAAGAGUCUGAUUAAUGUUUGUCUUUCCAUAAUAUUUUACAUCAUCACCGUUAUCAGUCAUAAUCGAGUAUUGCCAGGAUAGUAAGUCAUUCCUCACACAGUAACUUCCAUUUGUCACCUUCAGAACAAUUGGCUAUUUUUAGUCAUAAACCGUGCAGGGUUGGGUCACCUCAAAGCAUUUUUUCAGCUUGGCUUGUGCUCUGCAGGGGAGUUGAUGAUAAGUUGGGGGAAACUAGACUACAGGAACAGUGCAGUUAGCUUUGAGAACUGAUUUCACACACUCUGGUUUCAGUUUCUAAAGGGAUAUGUUUUUAAUGCUCCAUUUGUAUCUUUGUCUGCCAAUUACACAGUAUAUUACUGUUCAAGCCCAGUGGUGUCUUCAAUCCAAAGGUGCUCUUGCAGCCUGACACUCACAGACCAAACUGGUCAUUCUCUUUAAUAUGAUUCAGUAAAACCUCAGUUAAUGUUUUGGGAAAGAGAUUCUGAUUUACUACAUUUCUGAUUAACAAGGGCUUUCAUUAGUAAAUACUUUUUGGUUCAAUACUUAUUAUUGAAAAUCUUUAUAAAAUGUGGUAUUUUUGCUAUGUUGGCCUUAGUCACCAUUAUGGACAACAGAACUACAGAGAGAAUUUAAUGAUACAAAAUGAAUAAUUUUGUCACUCUUUAGGCUAAAUGAUAUAAGCCACAAAUUAUGUCAGUAGAUACCGAACACCUUUUCCUUAUUAAAAACUCUUUUAAAAGUGAAAUAAGGCAUACCCUUAAUAUGAUAAAAAUUGUCUGUCAUAACAGCGAGGCUCUAGAGAUAAAUAAAUAAAGACACCUGCUAUCAUUAUUUAACAUGAUUCUGGAAAUUAAAAGUCAUAGAAAAUGAAUAUAUGCAGGUUCUUGUACCCAUCCUGUAAUAUGUUGUUCCUUCAAAGAGAAUUUAAAAAAAAUUAAUAGGUUUGGCUUAAUGAAUUUUGAUUAUUCCAGGUCUUAGCAGAUUUGCAUUUGUGUUUCCUAGGAAUUCAUCAUUUUUCCUGAAAUCCAGGUUAUUUUAGUAGUCCCAAAUAGUAUUUGUUUUUUUAGAUUUUUUAAUUCUUAGUGUAUUUUUUUGAAGUGGCAAUUCCUUUAAAUGUUCUCAGUAAUUUUGAAAAAAGAUAGAGUCAGAAAAUGUAUACUUCAUCUCCCCAACUCCUGAUUAGUGGAAUACAAAUUAAUGAGGUUUUACUGUAUCAGAAUUAUUUUUAUAAUUCAAAGAGACAGCAAUAACAAGAAUCUGAUGUGGAUGUGAUUUUUCUCUUUGAACUUUUCUGUUCUGUUGCACUGACCUUAGCAUGCAUGUGCAUGCACACACACCAUCACAACCACCACCACCAUCUUAUCAUCAUCAUCUUUGGAAAAUGAGCACUGUUGAUCCAUGUAAUUCUUUACAUCUCUCUUCUCCACUGUUUAAAUGUCUUGCCUCUAUCUUGGAACAUAAGAAAAAUACUCCUAGUAACUUGGACAAUGAUAGAGAAAAUAACUCUGAGUCUUUGUCAUCAAAAUUACAUUAUAUCUACUAUGGUGGCUUCAGAAGAGAAGGCUUGCAAACCACAGUCUCCAAGUUGACUUUAUCUCCCUAUGACUCCCUCAGGAGAUAAGCCCUUCUUAGUGUCCCAGGGGAAAAUGGGUCUUUGUGCUCUAUUCACCAAUAAGAAGCGAGAAAUAUUUGUUUUCCUGAUUCUAAUAAUGUGAGCAGUAAUCCCUACCAUGAAAUCAUCCAUUAACCUUGGUGUUUGGAGGGAAGGAUGAUUGAUUUAUCAUUUAUUUUAAUCCCUUACAACUUUGCUUCCUACACUUAAGACUCAGACUUAGUGCCCCAAUCACCAUAGGGGCCAUCACCUAACUUUGGAAGGAUAGUGACAGAACUGAGAGAGAUGUUUCCCGAUAAUUUAGUCAUAAAGACAAUUUUUCAAAUCUUUUAUAUAGCCUUGGAGUGAUUCUCAAGUUAAUAAAUCAGAAUCCAGGUUUCUAUUCCUCAAAGAUCUUAAGGGAUUAUAAAAGGAAAAAGUUUAUUGUUGGAGUCCCUUUUUAUGUGACCUAUGUGUCCAAUUUUAAAUGUACCAUCUAUCUGUUAUCGGCAUUAAGGGUUCUCCAGGGCUUAGAGAAAGAAAGAGAGAGAGAGAGAGAGAUUAUGCCCAAGGUUGGUUGAAGAAGAUGAAAAUGAGCUCUUUUAAAUACUUGGUUAUAAAAUGUUUGGCAGAAGGGAAAAAUGAAAAAGGUCUAGAAAAGUAAGCUAAAUAUCCUCUCCUUGGUUUAGGAUCAUUGGGACAACCCAGAAGAAUAUCUGUGAUUACAGUCUGACCCUAUGGAAAGACAUUACAACUUGACUAUUUUCUUUGAGAGGCAAUGCCAAAAAGACUCAGACAUUUCUAUCAGGGUUUGUUCUUUGCAUCAGGAGAAAAGUGGUAGCCGUCACAGCUUCCUCACCUUUGUCUUCUGUAACACCAACCCCAUUACUGACUACAUACUAUUUCAUAUACACACUGCUCCAGGUGCCAGAGAUACUUGCCAGUAAGUCAUGUAUUCUGGAUGGCACCAUCACAGGGAGUAUGGUUGUUGUGUAGCAAGUUUAGCAUACAUAUUUGCGUAUAACAUAGCCCUAAAGGGAUAAAAUGCAGAAGAUAAGGUCUGACUUUGCAAAGUAAGAGGAAGUGCCAAUUUGGUGCAAGAGGACUGGGGUGGGGAGGGACAUGAGAGCCAGAGUUAAGUGGAAGAGGUUUUGAUGAGAAACUAGAGGCACAGAUGGCUGCUUUUAUUUAUAUAUUUAUGUAGGGAACUGAUUCUCAACCUUGGCUGUACAUGAGAAUCACCUAAGAAGCUUUUACAAUUCCAAUUAUAUCAAAAGCUCUUGGAGUGGGACCUGAACAUUGUUAUUUUUGAAAGCCCCCAAUAUGGUUCCAGUGUCAGCCAAGGCUGACAAACACAGCUUUAUGGCCGAUUAAGGAAGACACAUUUGUCUACCUCGGCUGGUAUCCAAGCCCCACUUCUGAGGAGUCGUGGAAGGCAAGAUGCAAGAGAUACAGUGUUGUCUGGAUUGAGAAUUAUUGUGUUGUAACCCAAAACAAAUGUUCUGUGCAAAUUUCUGACCAGGCAAUGCCCCACUGACUUUUAAUAAUUCUGUCUUUGUGAUUUUCUCCCAUGUGACUUGGCCAUUAUUCCUAUUCAAACAUCUAGGUUUUGAUUGUCUUAUACAUGUGACAUCACAAGAUACCAGAAGAAAUAUAAGAAAUUCAACAGAAUGCAAAGCUAAGUGGACAACUAAUUCUUAGUAGUUGGACAGUGGAAAUUAAAACAAUCAUUUAUUAAAUCAGGCCCAAAUUUAUUAUUCAUUUCUUCAUUUGGAGGAGACACGGGUACUAGGUACCUGUUCUGCUGUAGUAUAUUUUACUGGACUUGAUUUUAGCAAGAAGGAAGAAGAGCAGUUCCUUUUUGAUUGUUGUCUUAGCUCCCAGGGCCACUUAUAUUUUUUUUCUUAGUUAUUGGACAUGUGUUUAAAGGGAGAAGAGUGUCUUUAACUCACUGUCUGGACUUCAGUGCCCUGAGAGACUGUUUUCACCUUCAAAAAGGGAAAGCCUGCCUAUCCAAGGCAAUAACCCUCAAUGAGAAAAUGUGAGAGUUCUCUCCUCUCUUAGUGCUCCCCUCUGGUAUUGGCCUGUGCUUCUCAACUGCAAAGCCAGAAAAUAAACUAGGUGGUGGUCAUGGACAAGUGUACACAGAAUCAAAAUCUCUAAUAACCUAUAAUUUUUAGUACUUAAUUAUGUGAUGUUUUAUUCUAGGAAAUAAGAAACAGAUGACAUCAUUGAUGUAUCUUUCUUUCAUCUUCAGAAUUUUUGCAUCUUUUCAGAAAAUGACAAAUUACUAUUUUUCUGUUGCACUCAGCAAUUGUGACUAUACUUAAAAUUCUUGUAGUCUGUAGAGAUAUCAAUAAAAUUGUAUAUGUUUGUACAUAGAUGCUC